AUGACCAACCCCGGCGCCGCCGCAAGGGACAAAUUCUACGAGGACCUGCACGCCCUCUUGACGACUGUGUCGAAGGCAGACAAGCUGAUUGUCCUUGGCGACUUCAACGCCCGCGUCGGCACAGACCACACUGCCUGGAGAGGAGUGCUGGGUCCCCACGGUCACCGCGGCUCAAACGACAAUGGUCUGCUGCUGCUCCGCACCUGCGCAGAACACCGCCUCAUCCUGACGAACACCUUCUUCUGUCUGCCGGAGCGAGAGAAGGCCACCUGGAGGCAUCCUCGGUCACGUCAGUGGCACCUGCUGGACUAUGUCCUCGUCUGGAGGCGAGAUCAGCGGGACGUGCUGGUGACGAAGGCGAUCGCGGGUGCUGACGGGUGGACCGACCAUUGCCUCGUCAUCUCGAAGAUGCGUAUUUGCCUACAGCCUCGCAGGAGACCACAAGGUAAGCGACCCCCAGGUAAGCUCAAUGUUGUCUUGUUGUCUUUGCCCGCUCACCGUCUUCAUUUCAGCAAUGAGCUAGUUCAACGGCUAGACAACCUUCCAAUCGCUGCCGCCUCCGACGCCGCCGCUGCCGAGAACACCUCCGUGGAGAACCGCUGGUGUCAACUGCGAGACACGGUCCAGUCGACGGCGCUCGCCGUCCUCGGUCGCGCUCCCGGCCAACACCAGGACUGGUUCGACGACAACGACAUCGCCAUCAGAAAUCUGCUUGCUGAGAAGAACCGCCUACACAAAGCCUACGUAGAUCACCCCACUGAAGACAACAAAGCUGCCUUCUACCGCAUUCGCCGCCAACUGCAGCAACGUCUGCGCGAGAUGCAGGACGCCUGGACUGCUCGCAAAGCUGAGGAGAUCCAAGGCUACGCGGACCGCAACGAAUGGAAGAAAUUAUUCUCUACGAUCAAAGCUGUCUACGGUCCGCCGACGAAGGGCACUGCUCCUCUCCUCAGCGCCGACGGCAGUACUCUCCUGACGGAGAAGACGCAAAUACUACAGCGAUGGGCCGAGCAUUUACGAGGCGUCCUCCACCGCCCCUCCGUCAUCUCAGACGCCGCCAUCGCCCGUUUGCCGCAAGUGGAGACCAACGUGGACCUCGACCUCCCGCCAUCUCUCCAGGAAACCAUCAGGGCCGUGCAACAGCUCUCCAGCGGGAAAGCACCCGGCUCAGACGCAAUCCCUGUUGAGGUCUACAAACACGGCGGUCCGCAAAUGAUGGAUCACCUGACUGCGCUCUUCCAGGAGAUGUGGCGUCAAGGCGAAGUCCCACAGGAUUUCAAAUACGUAACAAUCGUGCAUCUACACAAACGGAAAGGAAACCGCCAGCUCUGCAACAAUCACCGCGGAAUCUCCUUGCUGCACAUCGCCGGGAAGAUCUUCGCACGAAUCCUCCUCAACCGCCUCAAUAACCAUCUCGAACAGGGCCUUCUGCCGGAAAGCCAGUGCGGCUUCCACCGUCAUCGUAGGACCACGGACAUGACCUUCACCGCCCAUCAACUUCAGGAGAAGUUUCAGGAGAUGCGGACCCACCUGUACUCUACCUUCGUGGACCUGACGAAAGCCUUUAACACGAUGAAUCGUGAAGGACUGUGGAAGAUCAUGCAGAAAUUCGGCUGUCCGGAGCGAUCCACUCAGAUGGUACGUCAGCUGCACGACGGUAUGAUGGCGCGAGUCACGGACAACGGAGCUGUCUCCGAGGCAUUCGCAGUGACCAAUGGAGUGAAGCAGGGAUGCGUGCUAGCGCCCACCCUCUUCAGUCUUAUGUUCUCUUCUAUGCUGAUAGACGCCUACCGCUACGAACGCCCUGGAAUCCGAAUCGCCUACAGGACGGACGGUUACCUCCUGAAUCAACGACGGAUGCACUUCCAGUCGCGCGUAUCCACAACCGCCGUUCACGAACUUCUCUUCGGCGACGACUGCGCCCUGAACACCACCUCAGAAGAGGAGAUGCAACGGAGCAUGGACCUAUUCUCUGCCGCCUGCGAGAACUUCGGUCUGGUCAUCAACACGCAGAAGACGGUGGUGAUGCACCAACCGCCACCCCAAUCAGCCACACCCCCAACGCGCCGCAAAUCAACGUGA